GAGGGAAGCCCUGCCUCGCUCAUACGGCUCCUCCGCCUUUGCAAAGCAGCCCCUGGCUGGGUCCGCGAAGCGCGGCUCGGAGCAGUUCCAGGGGAGGAGUGGACCGGGCAAAGGGGCCGCCCUCCAGCCCUGCCCCGGCGCCCCCCCCCCACGAGCCGAGCGGCGCAGUUCCAGCUGCGGCCAGCUGUAGCUCCGCCUCGCCGGGCUGGGCGCUGGAAGCCGGCUGGGCGCCCGACAGCCAAUGGCCGCGCCACCCCAGGGGCGGCUCCCGGCCGGCGAAGCGAGGCUGCUCCGGCGGCUGCGGCUGGGUGGGAGCCCGCGGCUCGGCCGCCCCUCCGUCCUGCUGGCUGAGCCGGAGAAGCGGUGCUGGUGAGCCCCGCGCGGCCGUCCUCCGUUGCUCCCCGCGGCUUCCUCCUGCUCCUGCUCGCCCGCUCCGCCGGGAUGGAGCUGGAGGCCUCGCUGGAGCAGUCGGUGCAGGCGCGCAUCUUCAAGAUCAUCGUCAUCGGGGACUCGAACGUGGGCAAGACCUGCCUGACGGUGCGCUUCUGCGGCGGCACCUUCCCCGCCAGCACCGAGGCCACCAUCGGCGUGGACUUCCGGGAGAAGGCGGUGGAGAUCGCCGGCGAGCACAUCAAGGUCCAGGUGUGGGACACAGCAGGUCAAGAGAGGUUCCGGAAGAGCAUGGUGGAACAUUACUACCGCAACGUCCACGCUGUGGUGUUUGUCUAUGAUGUCACAAAAAUGGCGUCCUUCCUCAACCUGAAAAACUGGAUUGAGGAGUGCAACGGCCACGCGGUCCCGGCUCUUGUCCCCAAAGUGCUUGUGGGAAACAAGUGUGACUUGCGGGAUCAAAUCCAAGUCCCGUCCAGCAUGGCCCUGAAAUUUGCCGAUGCCCACAAUAUGCUUUUGUUUGAAACCUCCGCAAAGGACCCCAAAGAGAGUCAGAACGUGGAGUCUAUUUUCAUGUGUCUGGCCUGCCGGCUGAAAGCUCACAAGUCUCUGCUCUAUCGGGACAUGGAGAGGCAGCAAGGGAAGGGACAGAAAAUAGAGCUGGCGCCGGCCUCUGGCAAUAGGAAUUCCUGUCCUUGCUGAAGGACGGUCUUGACUGUUGAACCGGGAGGGCUGGGCAGGUGGUUUUGUGUGCCUCGAUAAACUGAAUCAACGUGGCUCGUUUCCAGUGAAUUCCAUGUUAAAUUAAUAAACAUUUGUAUGGCUCACA